ACGUCAAUUGCAAGAUUUGGAGAACAUGACGCAAAAAAUGAAGAUCCGACUGUCUAGUCAACCUCUGGACAGUGCUAGAUCUGGAGAUGUGCUGAUUGGAACCCAAUCUGGCCUAAGCACCAUUCACACGGUCUCAUCACUCUCAAACACGAGGGAGAGCACCAUUCCUGGAAGAUUUGACGGUUCCUCCUUUGAUGUCGGUGCAUCUCAGGAAUCAGCCCACAGUCACACUUUGAACAAUUCAUCCCUGGAGAAUGCUGCUGAAGCUUCGGUGAAGAGUGGGGACAGAGUGGGAGGCCAUGGGAAAAAGCUGCUGGAUUCUGGUAUUUACUCGGCAAGAAAUUUCUCAGAAAAAUCUGUAGAAGAUGCGCCUGAUAGUCAUCGCAGUGAUAGAUAUGGUCUAGCUGCAACGGGUGACAAUAUGUCAACAUUUCGAUCAGGAUGCAAUGACACACUACCUCCCAGCUCCUCAACCAUAGGAACUCUCGAGAGUGGCUUUUUGGCUGCAGCUGCUGGAAAAACCCAGACUUUGUUACCCGUGGUAGACAACUCUGAAAGUUCAGGUAACAGUCAUGGCUUCACCCCGGCAACACAUAGAAGCAAUGGGACGGAGAGUUUCUCUUUGAAAGCAGGUGAGAAAAUGAAUGCAGAAUCUCAAGUCACGGGUGCAGGCAGGGCU